AUGGGCCAGAACUUGAUUUUGAACGCUGCUGAUCAUGGUUUUACUGUAGUUGCGUACAAUAGGACCGUUUCUAAGGUGGAUCAGUUUUUGGCAAAUGAAGCCAAAGGCAAAUCCAUUAUUGGUGCUCAUUCUGUACAGGAGCUAUGUGCCAAUUUAAAGAGACCAAGAAGAGUUAUUUUGUUGGUCAAGGCAGGAGCUGCUGUGGAUAGUUUUAUUGAGCAGUUAUUGCCAUUUAUGGAACAGGGUGACAUCAUUAUUGAUGGUGGUAAUUCACACUUCCCAGACUCCAACAGACGUUAUGAGGAGUUGAAGCAGAAGGGUAUUCAUUUUGUCGGUUCUGGUGUGUCUGGUGGUGAAGAGGGUGCUCGUUACGGUCCUUCCUUGAUGCCAGGUGGUGCUGAGGAGGCUUGGCCACACAUAAAGGAAAUUUUCCAGUCUAUUGCAGCAAAGUCUGAUGGUGAGCCAUGUUGUGACUGGGUUGGUCCUGCCGGUGCUGGACACUAUGUUAAGAUGGUGCACAAUGGUAUUGAAUAUGGUGAUAUGCAGUUGAUUUGUGAGGCUUACGACCUCAUGAAACGUGUUGGUGGGUUCAACAACAAAGAGAUUGGCCAAGUGUUUUCCAAGUGGAAUAACGGCAUCUUGGACUCCUUUUUGAUUGAAAUUACCAGAGAUAUUUUGUUAUAUGAAGAUGUUGAUGGUACUUCCUUGGUCGAGAAGAUUUUAGAUUCUGCUGGUCAAAAGGGGACUGGCAAGUGGACAGCCAUUAACGCUUUGGAUUUAGGCAUGCCGGUCACCUUGAUUGGUGAAGCGGUUUUUGCUCGUUGUUUGUCUUCCUUGAAGGACGAAAGAAUCAGAGCUUCUCAGCUGUUGCCAGGUCCAGAAGUUCCAAAGGAUGCUGUUGUAGACAAAGAACAAUUCAUUGAUGAUCUAGAGCAGGCUUUGUACGCCUCCAAGAUUAUAUCGUAUGCUCAAGGCUUCAUGUUGAUGAGAGAAGCUGGGAAGACGUAUGGCUGGAAGUUGAAUAACCCUGCUAUCGCCUUGAUGUGGAGAGGGGGUUGUAUCAUCAGAUCCGUGUUUUUGGGGGAGAUAACCAAGGCAUACAGAGAAAACCCUGAAUUAGAAAACUUGUUGUUUAACAACUUCUUCUCUAGUGCUGUAGCUAAAGCCCAAACAGGCUGGAGAAAGUCGAUUGGAUUGGCCGCUACUUACGGUAUUCCAACUCCGGCAUUUUCCACCGCGUUGGCCUUCUAUGACAGUUACAGAUCCGAAAGAUUGCCAGCCAACUUGCUUCAAGCUCAACGUGACUACUUUGGUGCACACACUUUCAGAGUUUUACCAGAAGCUGCUUCUGAUAACUUGCCAGCCGGCAAAGAUAUUCACGUCAACUGGACCGGAAAGGGUGGUAAUGUUUCCGCCUCUACCUAUGAUGCUUAA